CAAUUUCGCCAAAGAGAAAGCAAGUGCCACCGGAACCAAAGCAGCAACAGUGUCAACAUCACCAUGAAGAGCGAAGACUCUUCGAAAUCUCCGACGUCUCUCACAGCUACAGCCACCCCGCUGCCCACGGCCAGCGUCAGUAGCAAGGGCGAUGGGAAUGGAGGAGCAGCCCACGACUUCGGUUCCGAUCUGUACCACGAUAAUUUCGAAAGAAUAGGUUCUGGUGCAGACAAAAGAAGAUCCUCCCACAAUAAACCAAAACGUCAGAGACGAAGCUACAGCUGUGGGCCCUGUAAGCUAUUGAAGAUUAAGUGCGAUCUCCAGAUACCCUGUUCGUCGUGCAAGAAGUUCAAGAGAGUAGAUAAAUGCAUACUCCAGCCUCCACAACCUCCAUCGGAAGAAGAGCUCUACAAGAUCAAAGAAAGAAAGAGAAGAACAAGCAGCAAGAAGACCCGUCUAAACGACAAUUUUGUCCAGGCGUUCAAUUUGCACAAAGACUCUCUUCCUUCCUUGGGUUCUACUAUCGGAGCUGCCAAACAUUGGGAUGGAGCGCCUCUGAAGCAUACUGAUUCUCUCAGACAUCCAGCACAACGACCUGUGAUACAGUCAGGUACAGUCGACCAUAGUCCUUACGUGUCGCAAAGCCAUAUGUUACAAAACAACCAGAAACUCGGCUUGCAUCUCCAGAACCCCCAAAACCAACUAUCCAACCAGGAUUUGACCCGUGACCAAACAUACCCUCACAACAUGUUCAACGGUUCUAGCUCUUCAGCUGUGAUGCUUGAUGUUCGCUAUCCUGUCCCGCCCUCAAGUUUGAUCCAUCAACCGAACCAAGCUGGACACGCUCUCGAGUUUCAAAUGCCACAGUCAAGUCAAACUAUUGCCCAGCAAUAUGAAGAAGAUGAAAGUGCUCUUAUAGAAAUGUCAAUGGUUGACACCAAGAGAAUGAAGCGACUUUUGCCUGACAAAUUCUCCAUUUUUGAGGAUAUGAUGGAAUUGUAUUUGAAAUCAACUAACGACCAGAUAUUGGACUUGAUAAACCACAAUGAAAUGUCAAAAAGAAUACAUAUGGUCUAUAAUCGUAUUGUUCUGAUAGAUGACGAGGGCACUCAUAACAUCAGUAAGAGUGUCCAGUUCUCGGUUCAGGAAUUGAGGCACAUGAGUUUUGCAUACUUGAUCCUUGCCAACGGGUAUCUCUUUGAAAACAAGGGCUUGUCCAAUUUCUUGUUCGAAAGAAACCUCUACAAGCCCAAAAAGGAGAUACUAAGCGACUGGGUCAAAAUAUCCAAUUUCAUAAAGACAAAGGUAUUAAGCUACGCCAAGUAUACUGACUUGCUUUUUCUCAUGGACUGGUAUUUUCUCAUCAAGAAUUAUUACACCUAUUGUAACAUGAUUGUGGAAAAUUAUCUAGAAUACAACAAUUUGCUUAAUCAUGUGGUUCUCAAUAAUCAGUUUGUUGAGCUUAUGGAAGACCCUGAAAAGGAUUACAGUUUUUUUACCAAGACUAAUGGAGCCACGAACGAAGAUGGCACUUCUAAUCAAGUUACCUACCCCAAAUCGUAUGAAUUUAUCUUGUUCGCUGGUUACUGGAUGCAAUUGCGUUUGGUUGAAAUAGAAUUCACAUUCUUCCAGUACAAGGGUUCGCUUCUAUCUUCUAACCAAUUGAAGAAUACAAUAGUACCUCAUAAAAUGUUAUUGCAAUCUUUGUAUGGACAAAGCUUCAUGUCAAUCAAAAGACCAUUAGUAAGGUUUUCCAUCCAAAUCUGGGGAUUGUAUUAUAAGAGAUCAAGAUAUUCCACCUCGAUCCGAGAUGUCAUAAGAAGUUAUCUUGAACUUUAUGCAGAAGUGCAAGCCUUGGCAAUCAAUGAAAUCCGAGAAUUCGAAGCAAAUAUUAAGCAGAAUCCAAAUCAUCCAAUUGGGACCUGGGAAUUAAACUUAUUGAUAAAGAACCUGUCUGCUUUGAAUUUGUUUAUUAGAUGGCUAAGUUUUAUCAGGAUCGAGGCGAACUAUUUCCCUUCGCUAAGAUACACUUCGUAUUUGACUUCAAUGAUGAAUUUGUUUAACCAAUUUGAUUUAAUGGACUCAAUGGUUAUCAAGCAAACGAAUGGUGAAAGAGAUUUGAUUUCAGUCCUUCUUGAAGAGUAUCCAUACCAUUACAUGAAGUGCUUUUACCAAUGUUUAAUCUAUCAAGCAUUAUUCUUAAUCGUUCUCGAAGAUUUCAUUAAGGAUGAUAGCCAGUCUAAAGGGAUGUACAAGUUGAACUUGGAGGCGAUUUUUGUCAAAGUUUUUGGGAAGUUUAUUUCAACUGUCCACAAGUUUUAUAAUCAUUCUGAAUUAAGUAGCAAGCUUCAUAUUGUGGGGUUCUUUGCAUGUUCAAUGAACCUAAUCAUGGAGCUCACCAAAUAUUUGCAAAUGUCCAAUAAGCCACAGUUUGGGGAUUUUACUGAUCUCAUAUAUGAUUUGAAGGUGACUAGAAUAUCCAAUGAAGACUGGGACAUUUUACUAAAUUUCUACUUUGGAUCGAGAGAAAACUUUAUGAGAUACAUUGAAAAGGCUUGGGAUUUGUUUGCUUAUAUGAAGAUUAUAGACGACAAUGCUGGCCAGGAAGAGAUGAUGAUUACUCCAAAAUACACUUUAAAUGAUGAACUUAUAGAGGAAUGCAGUGAAAGCUUGGUGGGCUUCGAGUUUGAUUCGGGAACAGUCAAUGAGUACAUGAAAUGCGUUGUUGAACCGAAUACACAAGAGUGAAAUACCUGGCAUUCUUGUAUGUAGAAUAUGUAUAUUUAUUUAUUUAAUGAUAAUACACUUACACUGAAUUU